AUGAACUGCAGCCUGCCAGACAGAGAGCUGCUCAGCUACAUGAUGGAUGAUCAGCAGGACAAGUUGUGCCUUCAGACUCUUUGGGACUUUGUCACAGCAAACGAGGCAUUGAUCAGGUCACCGUUUUUUCCAGUGCUGUUUUCUUUUACAGCAUACAUGGCUUUCUCUCUUCCAUAUACUGCAUUGGACUUUUUAAGCACUAGACUACCAAACUUGAGAAAAUACAAAAUCCAGCCACAGAGCUAUCCAACUCUUGGAAUGAUGGUGCCUUGCAUUAUUCAAAGUGCUUAUCAUCAUGCUGUUUUGAUCUUCCCGGUGACAUUUCUCCACUGGUACUGGAGACCAAUGAAUCUACCAGUGAUAGCUCCAGAGCUGCUUGAAGUCCUGCUGGAAGUAGGAGUUUGCCUGCUUCUGUUUGAUUUUGAGUACUUUCUGUGGCAUUUGCUUCAUCACAAGGUGCCUUGGCUCUACAAGACCUUCCACAAGGUGCAUCACAAGCAUGUGUCAACAUUUGCUCUUACUACUCAGUAUUCCAGUGUAUGGGAAUUGCUCUCACUGGGAUUUUUUGCUGCUAUCAACCCAGUGCUCCUCAGAUGCCAUCCUUUGACAGAAAUUAUUUUCUUCCUUGUAAACAUUUGGUUGUCAGUGGAGGACCAUUCAGGAUAUGAUCUUCCAUGGUCAACUCACCGACUUGUGCCUUUUGGUUUAUAUGGAGGAGCACCACAUCAUGAUCUCCAUCAUCUGAAAUUCAAGUCAAACUACGCUCCUUAUUUCACCCACUGGGACAAACUCUUCGGGACAUUCACGGAGCCACAUUCUAGUUAAG